AUGUCACACCUGGUCCCCCCUGCCGGCUGUCCCCUUUAUACAGAUAUCAUUGUGACUACCUCCUGUGGUGGCUUAAAGGCCAGACCACUCUGUCUCCUCACUCCGUGAUCGUACCUUUGAUACAGAAUGGCAGGACAGCCUAACGGUGCAAUAUUCCCACCUUGAACAGGCAGUGAAAAAGAUCAAGGUCUCCUGAAGACAUGCCGACACCUCACACAACUGUCCUCUGCGCUCAUAAUGACCUGGUGGAUAAAGUGCAGCCUGGUGACCGCGUAAACAUCACUGGUGUCUGCAGAGCAUUCCCCAUGUGCAUGAACCCUUAUCAGAGCAAUGUGAAGUCAAUGUACAAGAUCCACAUCAACGCCAUCCACUUGCAUAAGACAGACAAGAAGCACCUGCAGAGUUCGGAUGAAGAGGCCAAACAGAAGCUCUUCACUGAGUGCAGACCCUGAAGGAGCGGGCAACCAAGCCAGACAUGUACGAACGCCUCUCCUCAGCCCUCACACCAAGCAUCUACUAGCAGGAGGACAUCAAAAAGGUGCGUGUGAAUGGGUGCACGCCAAAACACAAGUGUUAACCUGUGUAAGCACUUGGUAACGAGUAAUCGCAACACAAACUGUCACAUUGUUUGAGUGUCCAAUAACACUGAUCCAUU